AUGGCCGGCGUCGUCGCACACGGAGACGACAAGGACCGACCAAGAAGGCACGCUGGUCCUCGCAAGCGUCGUCCAAAGAAGAAGAAGAAGAAGGAGAAGAGAAACGAGCGGGAGAAAGGAGACUGCCAAUUGUCCUGCCGAUCCGAUGGCUCUGUAAUGUCUAAUCAAGGUCCCCACGCGUCUAUAUCGCCCCUCGAGUCAUCUACUGAAGAUGAAAAACAGUGUCAGACCGGAAGCUUUACUGCUGCUGAGUUGUUCACGUCGAUACGGGAUAAUAGCGACCCCUUCCGUGGUCUCGUGACGGCGUCGGAAGCGCUAGAAUCGACUCUAGCGAUAGAGUUAGUGACCCGUCAAUCGGAUCCUUUCGCUAACGGUCGUGCCGUUAGCUUUGGGACGCCGCGAAGUGUGUCUAGACCGCUCUCAUUGAUGCCGUUUCGACAAUCGAGGAUCAGUGCAGAAGAGCGAGCGUCUUUGAGACUGGAACAAGCGCAUCGAACAGCCGAACGAGCUUAUUGGACUCAGUGGGUCAUUGAAGCAGCCGAAAAUGAGCGGGCGAGACGGCUAAACGUGCUGAGACAGUUACAAUGUGAAGAAGAAGAAGAGGUGCAGCGAAGACGACAGUGGGCGAUUGCUACGAUCGAGAAGGAGCAGAAGGCUAUGAUGCGGGAGAUGUUUUUGGACAAUAUGAAGAACACGCAGUGGUUUCAGUCGACGAUAUCGAGGUUCUCAAAGGACUACGAGGUGGUGUGUCCGAACAGCUGGUGCGGAUGUACGUAUAGUUGCAUGCUGAAAGACCUGGAGCUGCAUCUAGGAAAAUGUGCGUACCGACAGGUGCCGGAUAGUCUGGAUCAAGUGGUAGAAGAUAGCGCGAGAGAUCUGUAUUCGUACGAUGUCGUGUGUCCGAAUGCGAUGCUAGGGUGCAGGGAGAUUUGUUCACGCGAGAAUCUGGUACAACACCUAGCGAGUUGUUCUGUGAAUGGUAUCUCACGGGAGAAAGAAUGGGAAGAACGACUUGAGUGGAGAAGAAGUGUCAACCAAGCUACAGAAAAGGAGCGAGAACGUCGCAUAGAUGAGGAACGAGAGGAAGGACGGGUGAAUGGAUGUGGACUGUCGUUUGGGAAUCUGCAAAGGCUGUACGAAGAGCAGACAGCAAUGAUGCAGGUCGUUUUGCAUGACGAGAUUCUGGACUUUUAUGAUCAUCAUCAGCGGGAAGCGCUGGAGAAGCGUUUGUGGAUACAGAAAGGUAUUGCAAUGGUGACGGAGGAGAUUGAACGGUUAUGGAAUCACUGCGUGCAAGUCGAGCAGUACGGGUCUCUUGCUACGGGAUUGCACGAGGAAGCAAGUGAUGUGGACCUUGUCGUCUUUGGGGCAACGGAGGAGUUCAAUUGCACCGGUCAACAGUGCGUAAAGGCUUUGGCAGAUCAUUUUCGCGAGCUCAGUGCGUUUUCGGGUGUGAGCGCCAUCACUCGCGCACCAAUUCCGCUCUUGAAAGUGGUGGUCCUAGUUUCAGGUGAUAACCUAGAGGCAACGGAAGGCAAACACGUUGAGCGUGAUGGUGACGCGAUGUUGCGGAUUCCAUUCGAUAUUACGUUUGACGAGCCCCGUGGUAUUCACCACAAUGGUAUAGCAAGUGUCACAUUGGUGCAAGGCCUUGUGCGCGCAUUUUACGGACUGCGGGAAUUGACGCUUGUGCUGAAGUGUUUUCUGGUGAAGUGUGGGCUGAAUGAUCCGGCUGUCGGAGGCUUAUCAUCGUAUGGUUUGCUGCUUAUGGUUGUAUACGUGCUGCAAGAGCAAGGGGCUCUGAUAUUGUUGACCGAUGGACAAAGGCCCUCGCAAGGUUCUAUCGAUAGAGUCGAUAUCGAUGAACGGAAAGGAGGUGCUCGGUGUCCGAAUGCCCGCUGGAACUUGCGUUAUGAAUCGCAACGUCUAAAGGGAGAAGUCAUUGCUAAAGAAAUCAUCAAGCAAUGCUCGGCACGACAACAGCCGCCGGACGCUGGAAAGGCCGCUAGAAGCUGUGCAAAGAAGGCGAAGCGUGCAGUUUUUUCUACUUUUGUUACUGGCUCGGAGACAGGUGACGCGCUAGAGGCCAAGCCAUACCUCUUGGGAAAGUUGCUUAUGGACAUUCUGCAAUUUUAUGGGAACGACUUCAGACAAAAUUUUGACCAGAUCUCGGUUGUGUCAUGGCGUGAGCCAAGUUGGUUGACAGUUGAGACGACGUCCACCACGAAUGCACAGUCGCCGCCGGCACAUACUCUCCUUCCUUUGACGGCUCAUCCUUCGCCGACAGAUGGACGUUGCAGCGCCAACUCACCUUUGAUGCUAGCGCCACCGCUAUUUCGUGAUGGACUGUUUGUGAUUGAAGAUCCGUUGCAGCCUGACAACAAUGUCGGCAAGACGUGUUAUCGCGUGAGUCAAGUGUUUCGCGACUUUUCUGACUUUUUGAGUUUUCUGACUGCAUUGAUCGUACGAGGGUCAGUCAUGACAACGGGCAAAAAGAAGACCAUGGACGCAUCUGGGGAUGAUAGCUGUUCUUCUUCGUCGAGCUCAAUACCAUCAACAGCACAUGAAUCAACGUGUCGGAUUCUUAAGUCCGUGUUCGAGAUGAAGACGAGAGAAGAAUGCACUGGCUUGAAAAUAUCUUCAUCCUCCCGUGAUCAGACAAGCACUACUUAG